AUGAAAUUUUCCACAGCUUCAGUAAUCGCUGCUUGCGCUCCCGCAGUUGCUGCCCGUGUUAUUGAAAACGGCGCCGUCAUCGACGACCUUGUCGUGCUCCACCCCGAAGAGCAGUUCCUCAUCGAGACAGCCCCCGGCGAGCAGCAAUGGGUAACCGACGAAGAUAAAUGGGAGCUUCGCCGCAAUGGCCAGAGCUUCAUGGACAUUACCGAACACCGCGAGCUCGGUACAGCCGGGACGAGAGCUACCGUCCAGUUCCCUAAAAAGGUGACGCAGCAAAAGUCCGUCGCCGAGCUCUCCAAGUCCCUUUCCAAGAGCGAGAUGCAAAAGAACCUCGAAAAGCUCACCAGCUUCUACACCCGAUACUAUAAGUCCGACUACGGUCUGCAGUCCUCCGACUGGGUCCUCGAAAAGGUCAAGAGCAUCAUCAAGGAGGCCGGCGCCAACGGCACCGUCUUCGCUGAGAGCUUCCCCCAUCCCUGGAAGCAGCACUCCGUCAUCGCCACCAUCCCCGGCCGCACCAACGAUACGGUCGUCAUUGGCGCCCACCAGGAUUCUACCAACCUCUGGCUGCCUACUGUCCUGGCCGCCCCCGGUGCCGACGACGAUGGCAGCGGUACCGUGACGAUCAUGGAGGCGUUCCGAACCAUCCUCCAGUCGCAGGAUAUCGUCGACGGCAAGGCCCACAACACGAUCGAGUUCCACUGGUACAGCGCCGAAGAGGCCGGUCUCCUGGGGAGCCAGGCAAUCUUUAGCGAGUAUGCGCGCAGCGGCCGCGUUGUCAAGGCUAUGCUCCAGCAGGACAUGACCGGCUACGUCCAGGGCACCCUCGACGCUGGCAAGCCCGAGAGCGUCGGUGUUAUUAUGGACUUUGUCGACCCCGGUCUGACCAAGUUUAUCAAGGUCGUCAUUGAAGAGUACUGUGACAUCCCCUGGGUCGAGACCAAGUGCGGCUACGCCUGCUCCGACCACGCCUCGGCUUCCAAGGCCGGCUAUCCUUCUGCGUUCGUCAUCGAGUCUGCCUUUGAGGACUCCGACCCUCACAUCCACUCCACCGACGACUCGAUCAAGUACCUGUCCUUCGACCACAUGCUGCAGCACGCCAAGAUGACGCUCGGCCUGGCCUACGAGCUGGCCAAGCACGACUUUAGCCAGGGUGGCGAGUUGGACUCUGGCGAGUGGAACUCUGGCGAGCUGUAA